GCUGCUGGCUAACUUUAGUUAAAAGCGAGGACAGACGGUAAGGCCUAAGGGCGACACAUUUUCGCCACGAAUUGAGAACUUUUACUCGAGUUUAAAGGGCUGAUAUUCAGCAGCAUCAAUCAGAGAGAGAGAAGAGUGAAAUCCCCACCCCCCCACCAAAUGAUGGAGCAGGAUAAAGAUGGAAUGGAGCCAGAGCUGGAUGACUUCAUCUCUGAAGAAGGUGCAGAUGAAGACUUGAAUGGAGAUGAUAAACCACUGAAAGUAUCUGGAGGCGAUUGUUCAUCAAAGAAGGCAUCUAAACCUGGGAUCGUCUACCUGAGCCGAGUACCCCCUCUAAUGAGGCCACAGAGAGUCAAGAAGAUCUUCUCGCGAUACGGUGAAAUUGGGCGCGUGUUCUUACAAGCUGAAGACAAAUUUAACCGCAAGACCCGUAAAAAGAAAGGCGGUAGUAAAAGCAAGCGUUUCACCGAAGGCUGGAUCGAAUUCAUGGACAAAAAAAUUGCAAAGAGUAUUGCCCUGACAUUCAACAACACUCCCAUUGGAGGAAGGAAACGGAGCAUCUAUUAUGAGGAGCUGUGGAAUCUGAAGUAUCUUCAUCGCUUCCAGUGGGCACAUCUAGUGGAGCGUCUGGAAUACGAACGACAGGUGCGUCAGCAGCGAAUCCGUACCGAGAUCUCCCAGGUCAAACGAGAGACAGACUUUUACAUGAAGAGUGUGGAACUCGGUGAUCAGUUGGUGAAACAGGAGAAGAAGACAAGAGAGAAAGGCAAGGAGUGGAUAGCAAGAGUUCGAGCUCAUAAACAGAGGGUUACUCAAGAUGAGUUUGAGGACACCAAGCCAAGGAAGUCUGGAAAAGUUUCAAAGAACACUUUGGGAAAGAUCUUCAAGAAAACCAGCAAGUCAUGACAAGACAUUCUGUGUUCCAAGGAUUACCGGUAAUCAUCGAUAAAUACCUGAACAAACUUUGAAGUUCAUUUCUAUUGCCAGGAGAUAGGCCUGAUUAGCCUUUGUAAAUUAUUGUAGAUUUAAUACCGAUUCAUGACUAAGUCCUUCUUCGCGAUUUUAUUAUCUUAUUGACAUUAUUAUUUUAUGGAGUCAUGAGUAUUAUUCAAAUAAGGUAUUGCUGCCGUAAUCUGGCAUUUUUUUCUGCAGGAAAAAUAAUUCCCUUUGUCUGUAUGAUUGAGAGGAAAGUUAUAAGGAUUUCAGGAAUAUAUUUUCAGGGUACACUUCUACAACUUGUAUUUAACUUUGUGUACUAAAUUAUAGUCACAGCAAACAAUCAGUCCAUAAUGAAUUAUUUAAAUUCACAAUCAAAUGUCCCCAUACCAUCAUACUUGUAGAUCUAGAUCUAGUAAAUUAAAUCUGAUUUUGUUAAAUUAUGAAAUCUAAGCUGAUAGUGAACUGAGCACACUGAAGAUCACAAACACAGAUACAAGAGCUGUGAAAGCAUCAAAGCAAUUGUGAUUUUUGCAUGGUCAGCCCCCCCCAUUUCAAAAUCGUUCACAACCAAUAAGCAUAUUUAAGAAUCUUGUAUUAUUUCGCUUCAAUACAGAGUAGGUGUUUUAUUAAGCAGUUCAUCAGUUACCUUACAAGUGACAUAUCAAAUGACUGGUAACCCUUUCUUGCAGUAAAUGCUACGCACCAGAUUUUCAUUAAUGUUGAUUUGGUUCCACAGAAAGGGUCACUAGUGGUUUAUUAAUUCUCUCUUAACUUACGCACUGCUUUUGCAAACAUUUGAAUAGCUUUUCAGACUUCAUGUGAGUACAUGUACAAAUAUUUGACUUUAUUUACUAAAUAGUGUUUCAUAGAACUGUUCAUUAGUUACUAAUGAUUUUACGAAUGACUGGUGAUCCUUUCCUGUGGUACUCAUAUAUUAUAUGCACCAAAUUUUCAACGGUGGUAAUUUUUCUCCUGAGAAUGGAUCAACAGUCGUUUAUAAAGUCCGCUCGUGACUUACAAUGUACCUACAGCUUUAUGAAACACUAUCUGGUAAAUGAAAUCAAAUGUAUGUACUCACAUGAAGUCUUUAAUGCUUUUCAAAUGAUUCAUUUGUUGUCAUCAAGUUUUCAUUUUAAUGAAAUUUCAGGGCAUCGGAUCAAGUACAUUCCUUGAUGCUUGUAUGCGAAGAGUAUUUUGUUUCAAGUUUGUGUUCUCUAGUAAAUAUCAGAUCAAAUUUUAGAAGCAUUGGCAUGUUUCCUGGCAGAAGGAGCUCCUACUGACUUCAUAAAAUCUCAAAAGUCAAAAUCAUAUUGUAUGAUGUUUAGACAAGAUGACCAAAAGAAACAGCCAAUCCCCGGUUAAUGCCUUAAAUGUCAUUUUUUUCAUGGUAAGUCCACUUUACCUUAGAGCACUUUCAUCUUUUUUAUUAAAUAAUGGGUUGAAUGGGCUAAAUUGCUAUUUCACCAAGUGGUUAGUAGACAAAUUGUUUGAAGAUGAAAUAGUAUUAGACCAUUUGGUAUGAGAAAAAAUGGAAAGCAUACAGAGUGGGGGUAGAUUAGACUGAAAGAUCUGCUGUUUCAGAGGAUUUUUUUUUUUUUACCAUUUUCUCAUUUUUCCUCAAUCCUCCUGGAGGUAAGGCAUGCCGCGAAGCCAGAGGAAGUCUCAGCUGAGCAUGUCCUGAUUGAAAUAGACUGAUUUUUUUGUCUUGUGCAGAACAUACAUGUAAGCCUAUUAAUAGACACAGGAUAUUCCUCUUCUGGUUAGUCAUGGUACAUGGUAACAUAAAUGAAUACUUUGUAAGAAAAUAAAAAUAAAGUAACCUACAAAAUAUAAACAAAAAUGUGCCUAUAGCAAAAGAAUAAUUAAAGUCAUCCAAAUUCAAACA